AUGGAGUCUGCCAAACUGUGUGCACUGGUCAGACUGCUGCUGCUGGUCUGUGCGUCUGAAGCUGACCCUCCACAUCUGGAGGCUGAGAACAUCGACCUUCUCCCUCCUGAUCAGCGCCACCUGGUUUUAAACCGCGGAAUGAGAGUGCCCCCCAGAGACUGCUUUGACAUGUUGAUGACGUCAUCGGGACGGGCCAGGGACGGCGUGUACUUGAUCCAACCGGGCGGCUCCCCCAUCGUGGUCUACUGCGCCAUGCAGGAGGGCGGCUGGACGGUCGUGCAGCACAUCACCAACAACAGCAGCACCAACUUCGACCGGACCUGGGCCGAAUACAAGCGCGGCUUCGGUGACCUCACAGGGGAUCACUGGCUCGGGAACGAACACCUGCACCAGCUCACACGUGGCCCAGGCCGCUACAAGCUGGGCGUGAAGCUGGUCGACCAGGACGCUGUUACGAAGACCGGCGAAUACGACCCUUUCCUGGUGGAAAAUGAAGCGUCGGCUUACAGACUGCGACUGGGCCUGUUCCAGGGAACGGCUCUGGACGCCCUGACCCAGGACACCGAGAACUACCUCCACGACAACCAGAAGUUCACAACCAAAGACCGAGACAACGAUAACUAUUUUAAAAACUGCGCCAGGUUGGAGUUCCAGGGUGUGGCAGGGGGCGGGUGGUGGUACGACGCAUGCGCGGGGGCCAACCUGAACCGCAGCAACGUCAUCUACUGGCAGCAGGACUGCAACAAGGAGCGUCUGUGCAAGUACGCCUGGAUGAUGGUGAGACCCUCGGACACCGUGAAGGUGGUCCACAGAGAGGACUGCAAGAAGGACGAACUCUGA